ACAGCUGGGCGUAUCGGGAGAAAUGUAUUUACAGAUACAAAAAAUGUAGCAUUUCAACCCCUUAAAUAAGUUACUCGCAAUUGUCUGGAAAAAAAUUAAUUACCUUUAUCGCGUUGUAAUUGGAUUAAUCAUCAGUGAAGAUGGAACCAUCGCAGAACGGUAUAUACCCAAGUAGAUGAGCUAUAUUGUAACAAUGUGAUUUCAACAAUGCCUAUGUUGAAACCUAGUGAGUGUGAUUAGAAGAUGGCAUGUCAUUGGUCGGCAAUGUUAAUGCAACGUAAAAUGAGCCAUUAAAAAUCACACUUUAUUUUCAAUAUUGAAAUCACGUUGAGAUAACUUUUGUUGGGAUUCAUCACCUUCACACAACGUUGACUGAAUGCGCGAGCGUCAUUUUUGAUAACAGUAGGACAACAUCGACUGAACGUUUAAUGCAUGUUUGUUUCACAUUGAAAUCACAAGCUACAAAGGAGCGCGAAUGAUUUAUCCGGCUGGCAUGCUCUUCUUUCUUGAUUCUCAUUCACUUUGACUGUUCAUUUUUCGUCUUGUCCAAAAUGAAUUUUUUAGUUGUUGAAUUCCCUACUGAUAACCCAAAAACAGUGGACGUUAUUCCGCAAACGUGGCUUAUCUCGAAAACUCAGUGUUAUUGGCCUACUCGUUGCUUGUCAACGAAUUUGACUAAAAUACGACGAGAACAAGUUAAGCCUGAUCGAAGUUGGGGAAAAUGUGCGUGCAGAAUAUUGGGACAUUUUGAAACUUUUGAAGCCGCCCAGCAAGCAGCCGUUUUAGCCGAAAACACAUCCGAUUUGGAUAUUAAUUUUUCUACAAAACGGUCCACCCACCGGCGACCAGAGUCCAGUUCAGAUUCGACAGAUGACGAGGGACCACCAAUAAAAGCGAAGAAAAUUACUAAAUCUGUGAUUAAUUCUGUGCCACAAACUUUAUUUAAACUUGGCGACUUAGCAGACGUGACUCGUGCACAAAUUGACCAGGGCCUCGUUUUGUCAGGAAAUAAUGAGGAACGUUCAGCCAUAUCAAAUGUUGAGACAGAUUCGUCAGGAAGCCAAAUUUUGUAUAUGAAUGCCACACCUUCAGGUGAUGGACAGUUAAAUUUAGCUAUUAUUCCUAACGAUACAAAUGUAAACCAAGAUGACCAAUCCGUAAAUUUCGGCUCCCAUCCUAUUUAUUCAUCACCGGUACCAUCACCAUCGGCAAAUUUGGGGUUGCAGACACAAGGUUUUAACAAAGUUGUGCUCAAACAUUUGGCAGCAAUAAAAACUGGACAAAAAUCAAUACUGGAAAAGUUGGACUUAAUUCUCAACAAUCAGAAUAGAAUCGGAGUAGGACUUGACUUGAACACGGAAACGGAAGAGCCUGACUUCUCGUCAUUGCCAAUCUUUCCCCUUGAAAGUGUGGACGCCCUUGAACAACUCGAGUCGCAAUUGGCUAUAGACGAUGAACGGAAAUUAUUUGUACUUUAUCUAAUUGACAUUGGAGGUAAAAGUCUCGGCGAAACAGUCAAGCGAAUUUUACAGAGAAUUGUUAGCGAAGAUCUCGCCAUAGAUUUGAGCUACACUGGUCUAGGAAAGAACAAAAAACCAUUUAAUAUCUACAAACAUAUUGUUAAUUGCAUCACAGCUGCAACAAAGAAAAAUAAGAGACUCCCUGCAGAAGUGGAAAAAACUGAGUUUGCCAUUCGUGAAAUAGUGAUGGACUUCUUCCGGUACUCGAGGCCAAGGAAAGCAGCGGCUUCUAUUUCUCAAGAUUCCACCGAUUAGAUUAUCUUUGUUUAAAAUAAUAUAGGAAAUGUCG